AUGUUGUCCUCGCGUCCAUCUUGGUUCACCCGCGUCACGAGCAGCAUCCUCGCUCUCACCGUACUCGUUUCCGCGGCACCGAUCCUGGAUCUGACUUCGCCAGCGACAUUCCUCAUCCCCACACCCGACGUCGACCCAUUCUACCGUCCCCCUUCAACUUUCGCAAAAGAUGCCCCCGGAACCAUAUACCGUUCACGAGCUGCCCUCAACCCCGGCUUUGGUCGUAAAGGUACUCAAAUCCUGUUUCGCACAAGCGACGCGUUCGGCAAGCCGACGACAUCGGUGACGACCAUCCUCCAAACGUCGAAUUCGUCAGAAAACUACCUCGUGGCCUACAACAUGUAUGAGGAUGCUUCGGCACCUCAGUGUGCUCCUUCCUAUUGUUUCAACACCAUUUCUCAGCAAGGAUUCUGUCCCGAUGGUGGUGAGUGGUCCCUAUCUCUUGAACCCUUCUCUCGGCGUCCACCAGCUGCCGGGCCGGAUGCCCCUUCUCUCGAAGGCCUAACGGUCACGUGAUCCGGAUCGCUGACUCGCCGAUCUUUCCCUCGCCAUCCUACUUUCGCUUCCUCGCUUCCUACAGACGGUCAACUCGUCUACUUCAUGACCAAGGGUUGGAUUGUUAUUGUCACCGACUUUGAAGGCAAGACCUCGAGUUUCUCCGUCGGGCAUCAAUCAGGUUACCAAAUCCUGGACGCGUACCGCGCCGCGAUCAAGUUCCUCAAAUUGUCCGAGAACGUCGUCCUCGGUGGAUAUGGGUACUCGGGUGGUGCGAUUGGUACGGGAUGGUCCGCGGCGUUGCAGAACGACUAUGCACCCGAGUUGAACAUCAAGGCGUUGGCGUUCGGGGGUACGCCGUCGAAUAUGACGUCGACGUUUCUUCAGCUCAACGCCGGCGCGUUCGCUGUGAGUUUCCUUGCUGCUUGACCGCUUCGUUCUUUGUCCCAUCGCGCUGAACUUCGUCAGAUGUUUGUGUCAAUUCAGGGUUUUGCUGUUAGUGGUCUCGCCGGCCAAGUCGCGAGCUACCCCGAGCUCUACGCUCGCUUCUCACAAAUCGCGACAGAUGAGGGCAAAGCCGCCGUCAUCACCGGCCAAUCCCAAUGCGGCGCCGCGGACAUUGUUGAAUUCGCCUUCACCGACAUCCUCUCGACCGACUUCCAAUCCCUAGGUAGUCAACUCCUCUCUGAUCCUAUCGUGACCAAGUACUUGACGAUGUCGACGAUGGGUUCGGUCGCGAGCGAGACGCCGACCAAACCUUCCAUCCUCAUGUUCCAUUCGACCACGGACGAAGUGAUCCCUUAUGCUUCGGCACUCACGACCGCUCAAACGUGGUGCAGCGAUGGAGCCAAGAUCACCUUUAUUACUGAGGUUGGUGGUGGUGGUCAUGUGGGGACUCAACUCUUGUAUGGCCCCAUGACGAUCGAUUGGUUGGACAACUCGUUGAGGGGCACCUCGGCACCGAUCACGAGUUGUUCGUUCGAGACCCAGUCGAUGACGGCGCUUCCCGUGCGAAUGUAG